ACAGAGCGCACACGCAAACCGGAGACACGCACUCAUCCACUUCACGCAUUUGACAUUUCAUCCAUCUUACUCCAUUAUGACAUGUUAACACACGCGGACAAACACACAAAUUCAAAGCCUGCGGUCAGUUAGUUCAGACUAGACACUGUUUUGUUCUUGAGUUUACAUUCCGGCGCACGAGGAGGGGAAAACAUGAAGGCGAAAAACCGCGACCAAAGCUUGACGGACUCCAGGGAGCUGGACGGGUCCUAUGACCAACUAACCGGUAAUCCUUCCAACAGCCAAAGCAAAAAAACCAUAAAGCAGCGAUUCCUCAAGCUGCUGCCAUGCUGCAAACCCACGGUGGUCCCCUCAAUAAGUCAAAGCAACGUGGAAGAUGACUUUGAGCUGUCCACUGUGUGUCACCGUCCUGAGAGCAUGGACAAGCUCCAGGAGCAGACCAAGUUCACCAAGAAGGAGCUGCAGGUCCUCUACCGGGGCUUUAAAAAUGAGUGUCCCAGCGGUGUGGUAAACGAGGAAAAUUUUAAGAAUAUUUACUCACAGUUCUUCCCCCAGGGAGAUUCAAGUAUGUAUGCACAUUUCCUGUUUGAAGCAUUUGACACAAACAAGAAUGGUUCAGUUAGUUUUGAGGACUUCGUAUUCGGUCUGUCGAUCAUCCUGAGAGGCACUGUUAAUGACCGGCUAAACUGGGCAUUCAAUCUCUAUGACCUCAACAAGGACGGCUGUAUCACCAAAGAGGAGAUGCUGGACAUUAUGAAGUCCAUCUAUGACAUGAUGGGCAAGUACACAUACCCCUCUAUGCAGGAAGACGCACCGAGGGAACAUGUGGAAAGCUUUUUUCAGAAAAUGGACAGAAAUCAAGAUGGUGUGGUCACUAUAGAUGAAUUUAUCGAAUCCUGCAAAAAGGAUGAGAACAUCAUGCAGUCCAUGCAACUGUUUGACAACGUCAUCUAAACUUAGAGUGGAAUACAGGGUACAAAGGCACCAGGCAGAGGGAUGUGUGACAGGAACCAGAGGACUACAGAGAAAGAGAGAAAGGGCGUGUUUGUACCAGUGUGUGAAUGGGAAUCCAUAGGGCAUUACAGAACUCUCCUUUUUACUGAAGGCACAGAGAUCAUCCACCAACAAGUUCACUUCUUAUCAUGUUGAACCUUAGUUUCCCUGAAAGACUGAAGGCGAGAAUCAAGUGACCACAAGGGACCUGCCAAUGACGGGAGAGGCCAAAAGCAGAGGACACCCAAACUGAGAUAACAUUUGACCUCUCUCCUGUUCCAGCUCUAUAGGAUCUCCUGCCUCCGGAGCUACAAGCCUUCUGCCAAAUAAUAAAACGGAUGUUGCACCAUCUAGUGGCCAGACCAAGAAAGACACUCAUGGGAGAAAACAAGACUUAUCCAUGUUGUUUUCCAUGAGGAACUGAAUAUCGCAUGAUGAUGUCACUAAUAUCAAAUUGUGUAUUUACAGAGAUACUCCAAAGUCUGCCUGUCUGUCUAUACCCAGUCAUUCACAGGUGCCUCGCCCUCUGUAUACGUGUGUGUGCAUGUGUAGAAGACAUCCAACCCACCAGUGUGUGUCUCCAAUGAGAUAAAACCCACAAGAUUCAGCUUUAGAAUAUUUCCUGGCCUUCCAAAUUAUUCCAAUUCUAGCCAUGUGUCUCUUUGCAGUUGUAUGUGUUCUAGCAUUCCCAGUGAUGUGAUCUUACAAUAGACAGUACAAUAAGAGAAUACUGGACCAUGACAGCUAUUCACCAUAUCAAAACGUCACUAUAACUAUUCAUUCACUAUACAUUUGACAGAGAAAUUUUAGCAGGCUAUGUGAAAUUAGGUUCCCAGGACAAUGCAGCAGUCCCGCUAAAUUAGACCUAAUAAAGUCAAGCUACAUUGUAUGUGUGUGUUUUGUUGAAAGAUAUUUAUUUUUUGCUCUUUGACAUCAAUAUUUUUUUCUGUAACACCAAAGAGGAUACAUUCAGAGAACA